AUGCACGCAAAGACUGCUCUUCUGGCCGCCGCCCUCGGCCUGGCCUCUACUGCCUGCGCCGAACAGGAACGACCCAAGAUUUACUUUCCGCGUCACGUUAAACGACAGUUUGUGAAUUCGACCAGUACGAGACAAGAGACGUUCCCUCCGGCCCCCGAGAGCACCACUUUCCAGUCCACCGCAUCGGCCUCCAUCAGCUCGACAUUUGGUGACAUCCUCACCAGCCUUUCGGACUCUCUCUUUGGCUCAUCGUCGACCGUUCCCACACCGUUGCCGACUUCCACAAUCUCCUCGGCCCCCGAAUCCGCACCCCCGACGACAAUCUCCACCACAGUCUCGACCCUCCCCGAUGGGAGAGUGACGACUGUGAUCAUUUCGAGCACCGUCAUCUUCGACCCGACAGAGACGACUGAGACGACAAGCUCCGCCGUGCCCACAUCUACUCUGCCCCCGGUUACCGUUCUGCCGACGACCAGCGAAACCUCGACAGUUUCCAGCGAAGCCGCCUCCACCUCGCAGGCUGCCGCAACCACCCAGCCCACAGCGACGACCCCCGAGACCACCACUGCCGCCGUUCAGUCGAGCGCCGCCGCGACCACCGCUGUCGAGUCCGUUCAGACGUCUGCUGCUGCCAGCACCUCCGAGGCCGCUCAGUCAUCUGCUGCCGCCACCACUUCCGAGGCUGCCCAGUCUUCUGCUGCUGCGACCACCUCUGAAGCCGCUCAGUCAUCUGCGCAGGCUUCCACCACGGAGGCCGUUCAAUCCUCGGCAGCUGCCACCUCUGCCCAGGCAAUUACUACCGCCGAGGCGUCGUCUGCCGUGCCUAGCACCGAGGCCGUCCUUAGCUCCGCUGCUCCCACCAACGUCGAGGUCACCAACUCGACCGCUGAGGCCGUUUCUUCGACGCAAGCUGCCACGAGCGCCCAGGCUGCAUCGAGCGAGGCUACCACGGCCGCAUCUUCAUCUGGUAUCCUCCUGGCUCCCACCGGCGUCGUGUCCGAGACUUCCAGCACCCAGGCUACCACCUCUGCCGAGCAAGCUCAGCGUUCUUCAGUGGCUGCGAACCCCGAGACUACCAGCGCGGUUCCCAACGUCAACGCGACCGAGCCCGUCGUUUCGUCAUCCCAGAGCUCCGUCGUCCUUCCCGUUGAGACCACCACUUCUGCCGCCGUUCAGGUGACCUCUGGUGCCUCCACUGAGACCACAUCUGCCGCCGUCUCUGAGAGCAGCAAGCCCACCAACCCGCUGGACCCCAUUGUCUCCUUCGUCUCCAGCCAGGUUGCCGUUCCCACGAACCUCACCGAGCCUAUCGCCAACGCGACGUCGUCCGAGGUCCCUGUUGCCUCGACGUCCGAUGUUGUCAUCCCAACGCCUACCGCGCUCCCGGCACCCACGGACCCGACCUCGACGAGACUUCCCAUCCCGACUGAGCCUGUUGCCAACGUCACCUCCUCCGCUGAGGCCUCUGCCGUGCCCACCACCUCGCUCCCGGCACCCACUGAGCCCGUCGCGAACGCCACGACCUCUGUUGAGAUCUCUACCGAGCCCACCAGCAGCAGCCUCCCCGUUGUGAGCAGCGAGCCCGCCGUCAACAUCACCUCCUCCACCGAGGUCCCCGUGUCUGUCUCCACGACCGCUCUGCCCGCUUCCGAUGUUGUCAACGCCACCUCGACCGAGGUCCCCGCCGGACAGACUACCACCAGCGCUCCGGUCACCAUCACUGACAGCACUGCCAUCUCUGUGCCGACGACCACGGCUACCGGCUCUGUUGAGAUCCCCGUGAACACUACCUCUACUGAGACCUUCCCGACUACCACGCAGCUUCCGACCUUGUCUCAGCUGCCUACGGCUUCCACCACCAUCAGCAACUCGACUCAGACGGACAGCUUGACUGUGGCCCCCACGGUAACACCUUCCACCCUCUCGUCGACCUCCGUCGCCAACGAGACCGCCACGGCCACCAACGUCGUCCCCACUACUACUGAGUCUCUGACUACUGAGCCUGCCGCGACCACCACUCUUCCCGUGAACACCACUGUUCUCUCGGAGACCUUGAUCGAGACCACGCCUACUGUCACUGUGCCGCCGCCUACGACGACUCCCAUCAUCACGAGCAUCCCUGCCACGGCCACCAUCACUGACUCGGAGUCUUGGUUGCCCAGCACCAUCAUUGUCGAGCAGUCCACUUCGCUCAGCACGCCCACAGAGGCUCUUGCCCCAACGUCGACCAUUCCCCUGCCUUCUGACCUACCCAAGGUCAUUAGCGGCCCGGACCCGAACGUCGAGCAGCCCAAGGACACCAUUCUCCUCCAGAUUGGUUUCCUGCACGGUGAGAACUACCAGCACGUCAGCAAGAACCCCAACGCUGCUGCUCAGAUCUUCACCUGCCUGCCCAAGGCUUUGGCCGAUGCUGCUGGUCUGGACAUUAGCCAGAUCCAGAUGACCAAGCUCGUCCCCUACGACACGUCCCAGACUCUCGGCUACAUCACCACGCUCGCCAAGUUCUACUACCCCAAAAGCAUGGUCGACACCCUGCGCAUGGACAUCAAGAUUCCCAACUCGGCCAUCUACAACAACCCCGAUCAGCUUGUCUACAACCUCACUCAGAAUAUCAACCCUGCCAUUGAGAUCAUUCCUGGCCAGGAGGAUGACGGCACUUCCACGGGCGGAGACGGAUCGUCGUCUACCUCCACCCCCAACAACCCCAAUGACCCCUUCGGCACCGGUAACGACGGCUCCAACCAGUCUCCCAUUCAAAAAGGUACUGCCGCCGCCAUCGGUAUCGGGGCUGUGGGUGUUGCUGCUGCGUACGGUGCUGCCAUGUUCAUUAUUGCCCGCCGCUACAAGCAGAAGAAGCAGGCCCACCGCCGCGCCAGCUCCCUCACCUCAUCCGAGAUGCGCUACACUGGUGCUGGCAGCCCGCCCAUGAUGGGCGGUGCCCUGAUGAGCCAGGACUUCUCCAACUACGGAGCCGCCGGUGGCCGCGAAAGCCACGGCAGCGGUCGUACGAGGGGAAGCGGCCCCGGCAACUCCGCUAGGACGGCCUACAUCUCGGCCCCCGUUGCCGCUGAGAACUCUCUCGGCUGGAACUGA